CCAUCCAAAAGCCACUAAAAGCAGGUCCAGGGGUGCUUUCAAUUUUGCACUGCGAGAAAGUCGGCUUUUAAAAAAAACUGCUUCCUAGAUCCAGUCCUUUGUUUGGCUUUUGGCUUUUAGGGACAAAAGCCAAACCCCAAAGCCAAACCAAACACACCCAAAAACCCAUCCGGUAUGCACUAUGCCCUGUCAGUUGCUUCCCUCCACCAACAAAACCCGGCAACCAAACAAUAUACCGUCGUUUUUGCUCCGCAAGUCUUCUCUGCGCAGCUUGGCUCUCUUGCCUGCUUCUUGCCCAGCCUGCCGUCUAGCUAGUUUCAUUCAUCUAUCAGACAGGUCCCGCUGCUGCUCCGGCCGCUCGGAAUGGCCUCGCCGUCGACAGAAGCCCCACCUCUCCCGACCCUCCGAGACGUCAUCGCCCACGAUGACGACGACGACCACUUCAUCGCAGAAGAGGAGGAGGAUGAGGAGUGGGACGACAUGAGCAAGCGCAUGUCGCGCCUGUCCAUGGAAGGUUCCGAGGCGGGCGACGCCGACGACGAGGACGACGGCGGAGAAGAUGAGGGGGAGGAGGACGACGACGAGUUCGACGACGUGCGGUCGGACGUGAACGCCGCCGCCACGUACCGCGCGUGGCCUCCGCGCGACGAGCCGCAGCAGGCCCCGUCGGCGGCGUCGCUCCCGGGCACGCCGGACCGCGGCGCGCAGGCGCCGUGGUGGCCCGGGCCGAGCGCCAAGGGGUACGCGAGCGAGACGGAGGCGCGGUGGCCGCCCGGCGCGGACGGGCGCGGCGGGAGGCGGCAGCGGCAGCGGAUGGCGGCGCGGGAGGUGUGGCUGGAGCGCGCGUGGCGGACGCGCAAGCAGCGGCGCCAGCUGCAGGAGGAGGUUCCCGUGCCCGUGGUGGUCCUCGGCGGCGGCGGGGGCGACUCACCGGCGAGCCGCGGCGUGGCGAUGGACAUGGAGGAGGUCCGCGCGUGCCGGGACCUGGGCCUCGACCUUCCCUGUGACUGGACCGUGGAGAUCCCAUCCUGCGCGCUCUCCGUCUCCGGCGUCGACACCGCCAGCAGCGGCGGCAACUCGCCGGCCUCCGGCAGCUGGCGCAUCUCCAGCCCCGUAGGCGCAACCAUCUGUUUUGUCAACGAGUGCUCCGGCCGAUCGGCUUGUCCGUACGCACGCGAGUCGCGUCGGUCCGGCCGAGCCGAUGAGGUCGCUCCUCGCUCGCCCCGCGUCACCAACCAGGUCAAUUCGUCGCCGCGCGCACGUCCAUUUGGCAUCAAGCCGACGGGGACGGGGGGGCAUUUGCACGCACAGCACCUCGCGCGGCGCGGAAUCGCAUCCGACGGCCGCCUCCCCUCUCUCUCUUUCUUUGCCCUGCCUUGGCAGGCAGUGCACUGGAACGAACCAAGGUGCGGUUUGGUUCAAGAAAUGUAACGCAAAGGUAAUGGUAAUGGUUUACAUUCGAUUACUGUCGGUAACAAGUUUGAGUAGUCCGGUAUCAAUUUUUAGUAUGGUAUCUGAUUACGGUGGAACUAAAACAAACAUGAUUUAACGUUAUCACUUACCCAUUACGUUACAAAUAUCUGAACCAAACGGUACCCAAGUUUAAAGAGCACGCGCGCCAGGUGUCAUGGUCAUGCAGCAAAAAGCACGCGCUGUGCAUGGGAAUGUGAUUCACCAGCGGCUGUGGGUGUGGAAUGGAAUUGGACUCGUGGCGAUCAACCAAGGCUGCGCCAACGCUGCUUCCCUUGCCCCGCGGGCCGCGCCUUCGUGCUAUCUGCGGCACUGUUCUCACACUGCUGCCCGUCACAGGGGACGAUCCCAAGGACGUGAAGGCGCGGCUCAAGGUGUGGGCGCAGGCGGUGGCGCUCGCGUCCGCAUCUCGUCUCGGUUCCUGAGGUGAGGCACCAACCAAGCAACCGAUCAAGACCGAUGCAAACACACCAUGCAUGCGUACACGUCCACAGGACAGAUUAUUUAGCAGUCGUCUCCACACCAUGUUGUUAAUGUUUGGGCAGCGGGUGGGGUGUGCAAGGCGACCCAACUGCUUUACAGGUGUUGUCAUUCAUGUGUUGAAUCUACAGAAAAAAAAGAAAGAAAGCGAAACAUCUGAUGGUCCAGCGUUUUUGUCCUACCGACAGCUGGUGCUAACUUGUCUGAAAUGAAGGAAGGCUGACAACAUUUAUUUUU